AUCAAAGCUAAAACAAUUCUCCUCUCACAAACUUCAAAUCCUCUUCUAUCCCUUUUGAAUCAUCAAUCAUGUCGCAACAACAAUUCAACGCUGGCCAGAACAGAGGCCAAGCUCAAGAGAAAGCUGAGCAAUGGACCGAGUCUGCGAAGCAAACCGCACAGUCCGCACGUGAUAAGACUGCUGAUUUGACACAAUCAGCACGUGAUAAGGCUGCAGAUUUGACACAAUCAGCUCGUGACAAGUCCGCUGAUGCAUCUCAUUCCGCUAACAAAUCUGCCCAACAUAACCAGGAACAAGCUGCUGGUUUAUUCGGCCAGACCGGUGAAUCAGUGAAGAACAUGGCUCAAGGUGCUCUUGAUGGUGUGAAGAACAGUCUUGGCAUGAACGAGAAGAAAUGAGAAUAUGAAUACUCAUACUUCUCAACUAUUUUAUUUAAAAUAUAUAUGAAUACUUUCU